AUGUGUGUCAGUGUUGUUUUCCACUGUGGUUGUUAACUCUAGAAAGACAGCGGCGGAAUAAUAAUUCACUGGCAGAUUAUUAAACGUUUGUAAUAUCAACUGUUGUAAUUUUGAAUGGACAGACAAGCCUGUUGAAAUAAAAUAAAAUCUGAAAGUGAGAAAAGUUUGGUUGAUGAAAUAAUUUCUUGAGAAGAAAGAACAAAAGCUGAUAUAAUGUCGAAUAGGGCGAAAUCAACUUUCCAAUCAUCUGCGGCCACAAACUUCCUUAAGAUUCUCCUCACCAUCUUCAAUUUUGUUUUCCUGGCAUCUGGUGUGGCGAUACUGGGUCUUGGAUUAUGGAUGCACUUUGAACUGUACCGCUACAUGCAGCUGACCACUGUUUAUUACGAUGCGGCUCCAUACAUUCUGGUUUCCAUUGGGAUGGCCAUCAUUCUGAUUGGCUGCCUCGGCUGCAUGUGCACUAUCAAAGGACACGGGCGAUGGCUGUACUUGUUCACAGCAUUCCUGAUAAUGAUAUUCAUCUUGGAGGUUUCCACCGCCAUAUCGGCGUUCGUCUAUAGGGAUACCAUCAAGCGUGGAUUCAGCGAGGGGAUGUUGCUGGCCAUGGAGGAAUACAUGGAAGACCCGGAGAAGCAGGCUGCCAUUGAUGGCAUUCAGAGUAAACUUCGCUGCUGCGGCUACAACAGCCACGAAGACUGGUCCAACUACACCAUCACCCACGGCCACAUACCCGUGCCCAAGAGCUGCUGCAAGGUCAAGAAGUGCGACACCACUGACCCUGAAGCUAUCUACGUCAAGGGAUGUUUUGAGAGGGUGUCAGCGUUCAUGAGAAGCAACUUCUCCAUGAUCGGUGGCAUAGCUGCUGGGUUCGGACUUGUCCAGCUACUGGGAGCAGUGAUAUCCUGCUGUCUGAGUAGGAACAUCAACAAACAUCGCUAUGAGCAGAUGGAAUGAUGAACAUGACAGAAAAAUCCGCGACGAUGAUUAUGAUGACAUGGUGGUGAUGACGACGACGAUGAUGAUGGUGGUUAUGAAAUAUCAAUAUGAUGAUAGUGAUGAUAUCUAAAUGAUAUCAAUCUGAUGAUGAAGAUGAUACUAAAAGGAUAUCAAAGUAAUGAUUAUAGCUUGAAAAGGGUUAUUGGUUUGCUUUGUUUAAAUAUUUUUUCCAUUAUAUUGCUAAAAAUUCGAAUACGCGCAACUAUUAUCUUGCAGUUUGCUGAUAUAUUUUAUCCAUCUAUUUGUUCGUUCGUUCUUUGUUCAUUUCUUCAUUUUACACACUCAUUCAUUCAUUAAUUCACUAAUUUAUUCACUCCUUCAUUCAUUCAUCCAUUCAUUCGGUUUUUAUUCACUCAUACCUACACUCACUGGCUCACCGAUCAGUAAUUACUUCGUUAACUUAUUCAGCAUUUUUGGUAAAGUAAUUGUAAAAUUGAAAUAAUAUUUUCUCCACUCUGAUGUUUUAUAAACUUUUUAAUUAUUUCAUUUUAUUGCCAAUAAAGAAAAAAUCUUAAAACAUCUCUUUCCCUAUCAGAUAAAAAACUGAAAAAUGCUUGAAUAUUUUAUAAAACUCACAAAAAUUCGAAAAUUUACCACACACACACACCCCAAUCACACACGCACAAACAAUACACAUACACACACAUACAUAAACAUAUGUCUCUAUCUUUUUAUAGUUUUUUUCUGUGCAAACAUUAAUUUAAAAUCUCAAUUUCUGCGAAGUUUGAAGAAGAUUAGAGUCAUUUUGAAUUUAAAGUUUUCUGUCAACACCGUUCAUUCAUUUAAUAAAUACCCACAUACACGCACACACACGCACACGCACACACACACACAUAUAUAUAUAUAUAUAUAUAUCUAUAUAAUGUAUAUAUAAUGUAUCAUAAGACAUCAACGUCAUAAUAUUAAUAAAUGUAUAGUAUAACAAGUCCUUAUCAUUAUCAUCAUCAUCACUAUCAAUUUCAUUGACGUCAUAAUCAUCAUCCUCAUAUUUAUCAUCAUCAUCAUCAACAACCUUAUUAUUGCUAUUAUUAUUCUUUUUGUUAUUAUUAUUGUUAUUAUCGUCGUCGUCAUCGCCAUUGUUAUUGUAAAUUUGAUGUUGUUUUGUGGUACAAGCCUACUAGCAUUUUGUGCAUGUUGUUUGUGUGUUUGUUGUUUGUGUGUUUGUUGUUUGUGUGUGUUUGUUGUUUGUGUGUUUGUUGUUUGUGUGUGUUUGUUGUUUGUGUGUGCCAACUCGAGUAUGAUAACGAUGAUUAUGAUAAUGAUGAUGAAAACUAUUGUGGCGAUUAUGGAUAAUAUGAUUGUAUGUAAUCGUGACGUCAAACGGGAUGAUGAUGAUAAUGAUGACACUUCCGGUAAGUUUUGUUUUUUUUGUUUUUAAACUAUAAGAACACGUUUUAGUUUUUUUUCCAAAUCUCUUUUCUUCCAAUUUUUCAAUCCAUUAAAAUUCCAUUUAAAGUCUUGUGCAUGUCUUUAUAGUAAAGCUUUUAAUUCAAUUCAAGGAUAAACACAUAUAAACACACACACACACACACACAAACUUACACACACACAGAUACAAAUUUAGACAUAUACAAAUGCGCAUAUAUACAUACACAUACACACCCAUAAAAAACAAUACACACACGCACGCGUAGAGAAACAUAUGAAUUUAUUUUAAACGAAUAAACAUUUAUAUCCAUGUGUAGUUGUACAUAAAGCAUAAUUAGCAACUUUUACCUGAGCGCACAAUCAUUCGACGACACAACACAACGGGCCGACCAAACAACUUGACCUUUCAUAAUUUGUUUGACCUUUGAUGUUGUGACGUCACAAUGACGUGUCGUGUUUUUAGUCAUAAUAAUUUCAAACGUUUUAUAAUGUAUCCUUUAUUAUUCAUAAUCUUCUGUAGAGAGUUUAUAUAUCGGAUAAUGAUACUACAUAUUCAUCGUACGAUACUUAUAUUAUGAUGAUGUUAAUAAAAAUACUUGCAUCU